AUGACUGACAAUUGCAUCAGGCCAUCCAAAAGGCCAGGCUAUGGCACUCUGGGUCGCCCAAUCAACCUUUACGCAAAUUACUUCCAGUUGACCUUCCAGCCUAAUCUCCAAUUGCACCGAUAUGAAGUGCGCGUUUCACGAUCAGAGCCAGAUGCGGCCGUGAUUGUGAGCAGACAAGUAGUGACCCAGGUGAUACUCCAGCUCCUCAAGACGGAGCUUGUGCAGUUCCAGGAAAGCAUUGCCUCCGAUGGCUACCAGAACCUCAUCUCAAGUCGCAUUCUACCUUGCUGUGAAAGUCCCUAUAUUGUGAUGUAUCAGCACGAUUGCUAUCAUGUCACGCUACUUCCAGCUGGUAUUCUUCAGUUUCCCAAGAUCUAUCAAAUGCUCAAGGGUGAUACAAGGAACCAAGGGCCGCCGCUGACCGAGGCACAUAUUCAUGCGUUGAAUAUCAUUCUGGGACAUCAACCCAAGUUCUCACCACACAUCAGAUCUGCCGGCACUGGGACUUAUCUCAACCUCGACUCGCGGCUCAGCCUGGGUUCAGGGCUACAUGUUCUCCGUGGACUAUUCAUGGUCGCUCGUGAAGCGCAGGGCCGGUUAUUUGUCAACGCAGCCCCCAAAGUUGCAAUCUGCUAUGAUGACUGCCCGCUCGACAAAAUCAUCCUGAUGCAUAUGCGCCAAAACGGACCUGACAUGAAUAAGAUAGUUGCACUGCUUCGGAAUAUCCGCGUUCAGCUUACGCACCUCGGCAUGCGUAAACGUGCAGGAAAAUUCACGCUGAGACUAAAGACAGUAGCGGGAUUGGCAGCACCAGGAGAUGGUUGCAGCCUGACAUACCCCCCUAAGGUGCCAUGUCUCGGGGCAGGAGCUAAGGAAGUCCAGUUCUUUCGCGAACCACACUCACAGGGCCACGAGGUAGGAGAUGGAAAUGCUUGGGGAAGUCGGAAAAGAAAGCGACCUACGCUUGAAGGGUAUAUCACUGUUUUCGAAUACUUUCGGUCAGUCUAUAACAUUACUGUUAACGAUCCAUGGCUUCCCGUUGUCAACGUCGGGAGCCCCUCGAACCCUUCCUACUUGCCUGCUCAGGUCUGUCGAGUGAUUCCUGGUCAGUCCGUGGCUGCAUCUAUAGCUGCCUCUCAGUCUCGUCAAGGCAACUGUAUCGAUACAGCUCGUCGCGGGAUCAGAAGCACUUCAGCUUCUCACAUCGCUUCCAUAGAAACAGAGCUCUCAGAUAUCUUGGGCAUGUCUCGCCCCAAUAGAGGAGCGAACUUGACUUCAUUCGGGAUUACCGUUGCACAGAAUAUGGCGAGAGUGUCUGGUCGCAUUUUGGACUCCCCGGCUUUAGAAUAUCGUCAGGGACAGCGAGCUUCCGUACGCGCUGGAAGCUGGAAUCUACGUGGGAUGAAAUUUGCCGGGAGCACGUCAGUCUCCCAGUGGACUUAUUUAUGGCUUGCAACUACCGGUCGUUCCCAUGGUAUAGGUCCAGAAAAGACCCUCUUAGAGGCCGCUCUACAGAAAUUUUGCGCUCAUCUAAAGUCACUCGGUAUCAGUGUUCCUGAACCCCGUCGGCCGGGGUUCAAUGUCAGUGUGACUGAUACUGCUUUACGACGGGAAAAUGAUGCCGACAAGCUAGCCCAUGCUCUCGCUGCCAUUGGCGAGUCUUCGAUGUCAUUCUUAUUGAUUAUUCUUCCACAAGCUGCAGAAGGCCUUUACAGCAGGAUCAAGUUUCUUUGCGAUGUCCAAUUUGGAAUAAGGAACGUGUGCGUGGUAGCGGACAAAUUUCUUCGAUCAAAUGAUCAGUUCCUGUCUAAUGUGGCUCUGAAGCUCAACCUAAAGCUUGGAGGGGUUAAUCAAAAGCUGCUUACUCGAAGCCUUGACAUGAUAAGCGAGGGCAAAACAAUGGUAAUUGGGGUUGACGUAACACAUCCAAAUUCAGGGAACCUUCCAGCACGGGCUCCCAGCGUGGCCGCAAUGGUAGCCUCUGUGGAUCGUUACUUGGCGCAAUGGCCAGCGGAGAUAUGCACUCAACCUGCUCGUCAGGAGCUGGUCACGCAGCUUGGUGUGCUUCUCACCUCAAGGCUGCAUGCAUGGCAGAGGUGGAACCAUGGCAAGCUCCCUGAGAGUGUUCUGCUCUACCGUGAUGGCGUUUCAGAUACACAAUACGGGAGUGUCCUCAGCGUGGAGCUCCCUCAGCUACGCAAUGCAUGCAAAGACUUAUACGGUAGCUUGGGUCUUAAUGAGCCUCGAAUCACCAUUGUUAUUGUGGGGAAGCGACACCACACCCGAUUUUUCACGCCCACGAGGACAAAUCAGCGCAAUGGCCGGUCGUCUCACGACACUAAUCCUCCCAACGGCACCAUCGUUGAUCACGGCCCAGCCAGUAGCGGCAAGGUCUGGGACUUCUACUUACAGUCUCAUACUGCCAGUCGAGGAGUCGCUCGCCCUGCACACUAUGUUGUGCUUCUCGAUGAAAUCUUUCAAUCCUCUCCCAACGAUCCGCAGGCUAGAGCCUCGCCUAAUCCGGUCAAUGCCAUCCAAGCCUUGACCCACAAUAUAUGCUACGUUUCUGGUCGCGCAACAAGGGCAUCCAGCAUCUGCCCACCUGUGUUCUACGCCGAUCUUGCGUGCUUCCGUGCGCGGUUCUACGUAGAGGAGCUGCUUCGCCGAUCCUCCCGGGACUCUGGGUACGGGCUAUCUCCAGAUCAGUUGCAACUAUCCUUGCAUGCGAAUGUGAGGGAUACCAUGUUCUACAUUUGA